AUGAGCGAUCUAGAGAAUCAUGAUAUUAAAUUGCUUGUUAAGAAGUUAAGUGGUCGUGCUAUAACUCCUAAAAGAGGCAGUUUAUAUGCUGCUGGAUAUGAUAUUUAUAGUUCAUGUGAUACAGUGGUUCCGGCACACGGGAAAGCAUUGGUUGAUACGGAUAUUGCAAUUGCUGUUCCAUCUGGCACUUAUGGGCGAAUUGCACCACGUUCUGGAUUGGCCUUAAAAGCAUCUAUCAGCACAGGUGCAGGUGUAAUUGAUGCUGAUUAUCGUGGUCAAGUCAAAGUUCUUUUAUUUAAUCAUGGAAAUGAAGAUUUUCAAAUAAAGUAUGGGGAUCGUAUUGCACAGCUAAUUCUUGAAAAAAUAUGUACUCCAGAGGUUGCAGUUGUAGAAUAUUUAGAAGAAACUAGUCGAGGUUCUGGUGGAUUUGGUAGUACUGGAAGAUAA